UCCUCGGAUGCGUCUUGCAAGGCCGGGCGUCGGCCCAUCGCUCGCGUACCGCGCGUUCUUUCUCGUGCGCGGCUGCGGUUUUAGUGGUUUCCGCGGGCUCGAGAUAGCGAGCGAUAACAGCGACCCGUGCUGCGCCUCAACCCUCGUCGGCUCUUAUCGACUCGAAGGCGGCAUUCGCGGGAACCGGCCGCGCAGGCACAUCGAGCCACGGGUCACCCAGCUCGGCGGCAGGGAUGAAGACAGCACUACUCGUGUGCGCCGUGUUCUAUACGGCUUACGGAGGAUCUGAAUUGCCGCCGGUAUGUCCUCUGGAAUGUCGGUGCCGUGACAACUUUACAGUGGUAGCGUGUUCACACCGACAGUUGCGGCGUUUUCCCGCGCCGCUCCCCCAUAGUGCUGAAGAAUUGGACGUCAGUUUCAAUUCCAUCGAAAAUGUUCCGACUCUCGUUGUUGCGAGGCUCACCAAGGCCACGUUCUGUCACAACCAGCGUGAGGACCAUUACCGCGCGGCACUUUUGCCCACGCGACAGUUUUGCGAACGCUGGACUUCAGCCACAACGGUCUGGUUUCACUGGCAGCCGAUGAUCUGGACGGCUUGGGAAUGCUUACAGACUUGGAUCUCAGUUGUAACGAACUGCGCAAGCUAGAACGGUACGCUUUCCACAGGGUUCCGAAUCUGAAAACGUUGAAGCUAUCGGGAAACCCGCUGAAAUUUGUCGACAGCUCCUGGUUCAAGAACAUGGACGUCCUCGAAAUGCUUGGAAUUGCGGGCGAUAGACGCUUAUAGCCUGGCUGCCGACGCCUUCGCUCUCGCUCCCAGGCUGCAGCACGAUCGAUCUUUCCGAAAACGAUUUCACCGACGUUCCGAGAGAGCUCGAAAGUGCCCGAAAUCUCAGGUUUCUAACGAUGGACCAGAAUCCCAUGGCGAAGUUGAGCAGGACGUCCCUAUUGGGCGCGAGGAACUUAGAGGAGCUUCACCUCAGUCAGAUGCCACGACUCGAAAGCGUUGACAAGGGCAGUCUUUGGCACAUGAAGCGACUCACCCUCGUCAACAUGAGCAACAACGUGCGACUAAAGGAGAUCAGUGAUUCGGCGCUUCAUUGGGUGAAGUCGCCGUCCGUGAGACUUAUACUGACCAACAACAGUUUGCAGUUUCUCGAUUACGCAUACAGCGGACUGUGCGAUGCAGGAUUGCUUAGCCUUGACGGCAAUCCUUGGAUGUGCGAUUGUCAGCUGCUGUGGAUGAGACGCUGCAAUGCAACGCAAGAUCUGAGGUGUAACGGCCCGCCGACGCUGGCUGGCAGAUACGUCGGUGAUUUGAAGCCGUUCGAAAUGAGUUGUCCGCUGAGCCAGCGACUUCUUCUUCGUUUCGAAGAGUCUGUCAGCAACAAACUCAUGCUCACGGUUGUCGGUGCGUGCGCGCUCACGGUUACGUUGGUCGCCGUUUUGUGCUUUUGGCGAGGACGAAAGCGACGACGUCUGCAAAGGGACGCCCCUUACAGCGCCGUCCACUACAGUCACGUGACUUCAAAAGGCAACGCUUCGUAAACGUGCGCAUUAAGGGUGAAGAGGAUGUCGAAGUUUUGUGCAUGAACCCCCCCCCCCCCCCUCCCC